AUGUCAACUUGUCCUGUAUGUGGUAAAAAGGCUUAUCAAAUGGAAGCCAUUAAAAUAGAAGGUAUUACUAUGCAUAAGAAUUGUUUUAGAUGUAGUGUCUGUAAGAAAAUUUUAAAUGGUGCUAAUUUUGCAAAGAAUCAUGGAGUUUAUUAUUGUAAAGUUCAUUUCCAACAAAUGUUUAGAGAAAAAGGUAAUUAUGAUGAAGGUUUUGGUUAUAGUAAACAUAGUGCUGAUUGGGAAAAGAAAGAUGAAGAACACCACGUUGAACAAAAUCAUGUUGAAAAGAAAAUCGAAAAACCAAAACCAGUUGAAGAAAAGAAACCAGUUGAAGAAAAGAAACCAGUUGAAGAAAAGAAACCAGUUGAAGAAAAGAAACCAGUUGAAGAAAUAAAACCAGUUGAAGAAAUAAAACCAGUUGAAGAAAUAAAACUAGUUGAAGAAAAGAAAGAAACUACUUUUUCACCUGAAAUUAAGAAUCAAAUUGAUAAUAUUUUAAAGGUUCUUGACAAAAUGGAAGGAACUGUUUCAAAGUUAGAGAGUUGUGGAAUUAGUUCAAAUGAGCCAAUUAAAAAUGAACAAGUUGAUAAUGUUUUUGCACGUCUUGAAGCUGUCAUUACCAAAUUAGAGAAGAAAUGA